UCCGCUGCGAUAUAACUGGAAUACUGUUAAAAGCGGCGUUAAACCCAACUCACUCACUCACUCACUUAUAACUUGGAAAGCAAGCCAGGUGAUGAGGUGCAUUUAAUUUACUUACAGUAAUGACACAAUUUGCAAACAAUGCUUUUCAAGAAAUAUCCAUUUUGCUGGCGAUAAACACCAUCACUGAGUUUUUGAUCAAAUGGUUAUAUGAACGGUAAGGGUCGGCUGUCAGGUGAUUGCGAGCGGCUUUUUUUUGCAGUGUGUGAACUGAAAGACAAAACUCGUGUAGAUGUUGUAUUGACCUAGUUCUAGGUGCACGCACUGCCAAAUAUGACCGCUUGCAGUCACCCAACUGUCGACCUAAGUCAAUGUCGCGUCCAAGAUUAUUGCACUUAUACAGCGAUGUGCAUGUACGCGUGUGUGGCUGCUUGUUCUAGUUCGGACUUAAGCCGAUAUUAUAGUGCUAGCCUAAUGAGAUACCAUAGCGCAGUUUAUCAUGAUUAUCCCACUCAGACACAGUAUACUGACUCCGAGCCGACCAGUCCUUGUUUAAGCCCUUGAAUGCCGAGCGCCAGGCAGGGUAACAACAAGUACCAUAUUUUAACAUGACGCGGCCGGGGAUCGAACCCCGGACCUUCUGCUCUCCGGGCGAACGCUAUACUACUAGACAACAGAGACGGUCAACCUGGCUUGUAACAAAACGUAAUCAAACCUCCCAUGGGGAGAUAGGAAUGGGGUGUUUGGAACAUAAUCCGUAUAGAGAGAUUAGUAUGUGUACUUGGGACAUAUACUACCCCGAACGGGGCGACAGGGUGAUUAUAACGGCGUGUCAGGUCAUUGUGGAAGGAAAGCCCAAAGUGAUGAAGGUUUAAGCCACUUACCACUUCGAAAUCUGUAACACGAAUAUGGUGCUGGCUGGCUGGCCAAUGGUCAUUAUCAUGGUGAAUCUUGGAUUGAACCCACUAUCAGAGGAUUCUGAAAUGCCGAAGAGGCACAUCUCUGCACAGCGAAUGGCGGUGCCUUGGGUCCCCCUGAGUAGAUUAGUCCUGGCCAUAUAUCCUGAUGUACGAGGUGAGCUACAGUAAUCUGCUAUCAGUCAGAGCCAAUACAUCUGGCAUAUUAUCAGGAGCCGAUAGACACGGUGGGAGGAAGAUAACAACGCACAUGUUUUUCAUGGAGUUAUCAUCUUUUAUCACUUAAGUGGUUAUCUUCUGAGAUUAAACUCCCAACCAUAAAACAAGGAGUGCUGAAAACUUGCACAUGUGGACGAAUCACUUCUUUAAGACCUCGUGUCAAGUAAAAAAAAAUUCAGUACGAAAAGAAAAGUUAAUGGGUGUACUUGCUCUCCAAAUAAAACUGUUGUCCGUGUGCCUUGUGCUGUUGGCAUGGACGUCCGCCGGAGAUGGGAGAACUGUGAUUGACACCCUCAGCUCAAGGGUCGACUUCAUCACCUUCACUAACUUUCUGAGACGGGUUGGUCUUGACAAGGAUCUCACUACGGGUCAGUAUAUGGUCCUGGUGCCAAGUGACGCGGCGUUCGAAGUCCUACCAGACAGCUUCAUGACCAGCCUGCAUGACAAGCACCAUAAAAGGCAGCUGAUGAACAUCCUCAAGUACCACAUCAUCCCCUACACCGGCCACCUCAACAAACACUGGACAGGACAAACCAUCAACACACUCGCAUCUAAGCCAGUGCGACUUGUCACCUAUGUUCACAAUAAGGUCAGUGUUGUGAAUGGCGUCAUCAUGAAGGAGUCAAAUGUAUCCGCAUCUAAUGGUCACAUAUACGUCAUCGAUGAGGUUCUAAUUCCACCAUCACAAAACAUCUACCUUGAUCUGGAGGGAGACGCACGUUUCUCCUCUUUUGUUACAGCUGUCAACCUUGCCGGCAUGAGGGAUCGGUUGAAAGAGGACAACAUUACAGUCCUAGCACCAACCAACGAUGCCUUUCAACAACUGGAACAUUCUAAGACAGACGUUUUGUACAACAGCCAUGCAAUACUACAAGGCUUCGUCGAGUUCUACAUCCUCCCUGGUUCAUUCUUCACGCACGGUUUCUACAUGCACGAACAACUCAACAUGACACACGCCUACGACCUUGUGCUCAACAUUCGUCUCGAUCAUAGACAAAUGGUGCACUUUAAUCCUGGCUUCGCCAAUGUGAUUCAGCCGGAUUGGCUGGCUACGAAUGGCGUCAUCCACGUCAUAGAUCACAUGAUUCUCCCACAUUGGUUUAAAAAUCACGUGCUCAUUGGUUGAUACAACAAUGUAGAAACAACAAAAUAA